GUGCGGUAAAUAUAUCCCUCUAUCGGCCAGAGCGAAACCACGCCUACUGUAGACGUCAAUAGGCAGUGCCGUAACGGAACUCGAAUGCUGUUCGAAUGCAUGGAUAGAACAGAGAAUCGACGUCGGAAGACGAAUCGAGGCGCGUUCGUCGGAUCAACGAAGCGUGUGCGUUUAACUACGAAGAAGGAACGAAGUCAGGAGAACGGAGAAAGAGGAGACGUUCAGUUAAUUACCGCUCGGCCUGUGGUGUUCCCAGCAAUUAUCAUACGAACACAGAGUUAGAACAAACGCAGUGUGUCACAGCGUACGAUUCGGUUUUCGACCUGACGCUGCACUUGCAUCGCGUUAACCUGCUCGUCGACAGUGCGUGACGCCCGCUCCGCUAGAGUAUCAGCACCGCGAGGCGGCAGCCAGUUUACGUCCCGUAAGCCGAUCCGCCGCGCCGUCAGCGUGCUCCCCUCUUAUACGGCCAUGGUCAUGUUAUCGUUCGUAGUAGCGUUGUCGUUGAUGACGGCCUUCGCGAACGCCGAGAGCAUCUUAAUGACAGAGGUGUUCGUCAUUCCGAUCAGACCGGAGACUUUCGACUGGAGCGGCGACGCACGAACCGACCAGUUUUCGUAUCAGCCCUCGUUGCUAAAUGCACCUGAUCUUCCUUCCUGGAUUCAUUACACGUACAGCAAAAGGGAUCAUCACGGCUUUUUGUACGGUGUCGCACCCAAGGAUCGCAAAUACUUCCAGCUGGAAAUCAUAGGUCUGAACAAACACACGUACGAAACCAGAUAUAAGGUUCUGGAUAUGAACGUCCUUGAAAAGGAAAACCUGACCAAGUACGAGGUCCAUUUAAAGAUCGAUAAUUUAAACGUGGAGGACAUGUUCGACCGCAAUAGAACCGAAGAGCUUCUCGAUAUAUUUAGAAAGAGAUUAUGGAAAAACGCGAUGGACUUGUAUGUGACUUUUCUAGCAUCCGCCGUCGAACUCGGCGCUCGUUUGCCUCUGAAACCGAGCGAAGGUGAAGGAGUCGUCAUAAGGCUAGGAAGCUCAAUGCCAUUCUCGCAAGAGCUGAACGAACUCCAAGAAGAAGUGAAACCUCUAUGGAAAUUACCGUUUUGUCCUCGAGAUUUUAAGAGGACCAGCGUCGAGCGGCUUUUCAGAGAGGCGGAAUUUGCGUUGGAUUGGUGCUCGUUCAGACUGGUCGAACAGGAGCAGCAUAAUUUGCAGCACGAAAGCGCAAGACGAGGACCGAGCAUGAACGUAUUGGAUUUACCAGCGUCUGGUAUUUCCGAGCACACGGAGUGGCGUUGGGCCAGGUCAACUAAAGCUAAUAUUCCCACGAGAAGUUACUUCGAAGAAAUUGCAACCACGAUCUUCGUCCCGACGAUCCUGCUCCUUGUAUUGGCUGCUUUAUUGAGCACGGUGCUGUGUCUCGACAGAGAAAAAAUGCACGAUCCUGAGUCAGAACAAUAUUUUUACGAAUUGUUUAACAUCUUUCUUGGCAAAAAACAAAGAACCAGCGAAAAAAGGGAAACUUCGACGGGGGAAGGAGUUAGCAACAACAACAUACAAAUGGUCCAGUACGCUGCCAUCGAAAGGGGUACCUUAAAAUCGCUUUCUGCUCAACCAUCCAGCCCUAAUGAUUCCUUGAUACCAAGCCCUAGGGUUUCCAACGAACGUUGCAAUCCGUACAUUCGACCAAAUCCACCACCUUAUACUGGACCAAGUAAUUUAGCGGGAAUUCGGGCAGAUUUCUGACUACACGAGGAGCCAGCAAAAACGUGGUUUUGCUGAAUUAAUAACGAUUUACAAUCGUGACUACGAGGAGAAUCGCAAAAUCAUUGAAACUGGCUCCGUAUUAUCUGUUGCUUCGUAAUUUCAUAUGGGUAACAUAUAUUACAUAUAUUGGUUUAAAAUUGCGUAGAUUUGAUAAAUUGCACAAAAUUACGAUAGUAACAACAUAUCUUCUAUUAUACAAAGAAAUCUCACUAUUAGUAUGGCACUAAUUAGUACAUAUGUAAACUUAAUAUUUAUUUAUGAGAAAGUAAUGUAUAUAUAUUUUUUUCUAGUUUAUUUAUUUAAAUUUUUACAAUUUUUUCAGUAGAACAUUUGGUAAAAUAUUAUAUCUUAGUGAAUAAAAAAAAAAAAAUAAAAAAAUAAAAAAUAUAGCAUGUGGGUGGCUACCCCCAGCGGGGUACCAUUUUUGUGUUUGCUAGGUUAUAUCCUUUCUGAGAUCUGUUGGCUGUUUCUUUUUUAAUCUUCUUUCAAUGCUUGUUGUGUUGAUCGUUUCCGCUACCAGCCGGUUCGGGUGCGUUGCUAUUCUUUCUCUGUACCUUCUUGCAAAUCUGCUAAUCUCCUCCUUGACCGUUGGUAUUCCCAGGUCUUUCCGAAUGUCCUCGUUUCUAACGUACCAUGGGUCGUUUACUAUCGUUCUAAGAAUUUUAGCUUGUAUUGAUGGUCGCCAAAUGUUGAUACAUCAUUCACAGUAUAUUCAGAUAGCCUGAGGAAUCGCUGUAAAUCUUAAGAUUUAGUUAACUAAUGUCCCUCAGAUUCCUGUUACGGGAGGUCUGCUCUCCUCACGUACGACGCUUCCCGCUAAGAGCUCUCUCUCAAGGGCGGAUAGCAUCCUUUUACAACCGCCAACAUAGAAAUUAACCAAUUAACAGCAACGUCCAUUUCCCUCACUCUCCGAGCGGAGGCUUUCCUCGACGAAUCCGAUGACCUCGUGCCCUUAGGCACACUCCAUCAUAGUUUUCCUCUACAGCGUCGUCGUGACGGAAGGUGAUUCUCUUUCUUGCAGUCUCAUUAGCCAGAGACCUGGUGUGUCUGUACGAUCGGUGAAGAGUGAAUCGAGCGACCCGUGUAUCACGAAGAGUGAAUCGAGUCUGACUUAGACUUUGAAGCAAAGUAUAUCCGUAAUCCCGUGGACUGCGGAUUCGUCAUAUCGAAUCUAAGGUUAUUGUCAUUAGCGUCUAGUUACCGUGGCCACUUGUCGACCUUGUAUUGUCUAUAUCUGUAAUAAUAAACGUUAUCUCGAUUGUACAACGACGAUGAACAACCAAAGCGCAGAUUCAUUAUACGCCCCUAAUCCAAGUCUUAACCCUAACCCGACAUAUACUUAAUAUUUAUAUUCAAAGUUUUAGCUAGUUUUCAUGAUAGUUAUCUUAAGUAUAACGGUACUAUAAGCAAUGUUAAUUGAUAAAACCUUUUUAUUAACAUUUUAUUUAAUAACCCAGUCACGGAACUACGAUAUGUACUUUAAUUCAAAAUUUUCCAUAAAAUAAAAAGAAUUUGCGAAAA